AUGGACGUCGAGAAGACAGUCAGGGACCUCAAACCUCUUGAUGGACAAGUGGUCCCUAUUCGAACAGUCCAAGAGACAAGGCCACCAGAAGAAUUCGGCAAUGCCUUCGUUGCAGAAGUAAAUGUGAAGUCUGCAUCCAAAGUGAUCAAGGCUCUCGACGCGGCUUUCCCCAAAGACCCUUCCCUUCCUUUAUCCCACCUACGUCGCUUCGCCAAAAGAGAACUACUCCCAGAUCCACUGAGAGCAGCAAUUGAAAGCCAGAGCCCUCCUCCAGCGGCGCCAGCGCAAACUAUCUUCGUCCUCAUAUCACCACCGUUGCCUGAUCUCACCACACUCAAGGCUCUGCUCGCCCCAUUUGCGCCAGACACGGCGCCGGUCGCUACAAACGAUUCUCCAAAUACAAAUGAAGUGCCCGGUGAAGCUUCACAUCCCGAUCCUUCCGCCCCUACUAUUCAACUCCACCCUGCCACAAUCCCGCUCUGCCCUCCCUUCAACGCAGCUCAAGCCGAGACAUGGACCAAGACCCUCUGGCCAGUCGUAUUCAACCCAGCCGCACCCCGCUCAACUGUCGCACCACCUCCUCAAAUCUUAAAACGCGCACAAGAAUCCAUUGAACCCCGGGCAGGGUACUACCUGUCCCUGGCGCGCAAAGUAGCAGAGGAAGCAGAACAAUCCGGCCUAGGCCGCGGCGUAGGCGCAGUGAUAGUCGACCCUGCCAUUGAUGAAGAAAUAACCGAGGCGGGCUAUGAGGCCGGAUGUGACACUACAACAGAAUGGGAUCAAGCAGUUCUCGCCGUUGCCGGCGAUGCGCGAUACUCCCGAUCCGAGGCGGGUGCACCAUCCCAGGCCCGGCUGCACGCCGGGGUAGCGCCAAACCCAGCGAGCAAGAUAUACAACGCGGAUGUUGAGGGUGGGCCUGAACUGCACGCACUGAUGCGUGCUGUCGAUUUGAUUGCUCGCUGGCGGCGAGAACACGAUCGUCUUGACGACUCGUCCGCAUCAACGACUACCGCGGGUCCAUCGAAGCCAGAACUAGAACAGCCAGAGCUGAGCGCUCUGGAAUCAUAUUUCUUAUACCGCCACCGUCCUGUUACAUCUGUUACAUCCACCAACAUCUCCAACUCACCCCAAUCUCCGUCUUCUCCAUUGAAGAGGAAAUACCAAGACCCCAACCCUGAAUCCGACCUGACCAUCGACCCCUCUACAGACCCUUCCCAAUCCCAGCUGCACCACCCGCCUCUCCCAGCUCCUCCCCCAUCUACCGUGGUACUUGCGGGCUCUUCUACCCCGGCCAUAACGCCUGCAGCUCCGCGCAUUCGCACUCGCUCACAGGGUGGUUACCUCUGCACAGACUUGGACGUCUACCUGACCCAUGAGCCGUGUCUGUGUUGCUCUAUGGGCAUGCUUCUUUCCCGGUUCCGGUCUGUCAUCUUCCCUAGACAUGGGAGGUUAGAGAGUGGUGGCCUGUCUUCUGAGCCGGCUGUUGGUCCUGUGGCCGAUGAGGUUGAUCAGGCUGCAAAGGCUGAAAAUUCUGCAGUUGGUGGACAAGACGAGAGGAUGUACUAUGGGCUACAUUGGAGGAAAGAGUUGAACUGGAGGGCUCUUGGAUUUGAGUUUGUGGAAAAUGGGGGUGUGGAAGUGGAAGUGAAGGGCGAGAAGGCUGGAUUGCCAGUCUUCCAUGCUUGA